UUUUAAUCAAAUAAGAUCCUUUAUAAAAUAACAAGACACAUUGAAAAGUUAAAUAAUAAAAUGGGCCGAAUUAUCAGGCCUUGUCUAACGUUCAUUCUAUUAGCUUUAAUUUUUUCGACUUACGCCCGUCCAGCCAAUUCACCGGAUUCAAAUGAAAGUCAGAGUCCAAUAAAAUUAAAUUCUGAUAACGUAAAACAUAAUGUAAAAACAAGCCCAAGAAAAUCAGGAUUAUCAGGAAAACAAAAAGAACAGGAAAAAAAUUCGUCUCCAUUUGAAGGUUGUCUUGUGUGGGCUGACGGAAAAGCACCACAUUUCAAAGAUGUGCCUCGAGUUUCGGGAAAACCGUUUAAGGAUAAUAACAGUGGUGAUAAAAAAAGUGAUAACAGUGAUAAUCAUAAUAAACCUAGUGAUAACAGUGAUGAUAAUGAACACAAUGACAGUGAUAAUGGUGAAUAUCCUGAAAAUACGGAUGGUGACGAUGGAGAAUAUCAUCCAGAUCCCAACUUUGAUGAUGGAGAAUAUCAUCCAGAUAAUAAUUUUGAUAAGGGAGAAUAUAAUCCAGAUUCUAAAUUCGAUGAUGGAGAAUAUCAUCCAGAUUCAAAUUUUGAUGAUGGAGAAUAUCAUCCAGAUCCUAAUUUCAAUACAGGAGAAUAUGACGAAAAUCCAAAACAAAAGAACAAUAGAAAUAAUGAUAGAAAACCUAAAUCAAAACCAAACAAACAAGAUAAUAAUGAUGAAGAUACUGACAAACCAGAAGAUCAGUCAGAUGAAAAUAAUGACGACAAUGAUGAUCCACUGAAUCCGGAAAUUUCUAAGCCUAAAGAAAAGAAACCCAAAGCUCAAAAACCAGCAGAUGAUAAAAAAGAUCAGUCUGAUGAUGAAGAUACUGACAAACCAGAGGAUGAGCCGGAAGAGAAGAAUGACGACAAAGAUAGUCCACAGAAACCAGAAAACUCUAAGCCCAAGGAGAAGAAGCCCAAACCUCAAAAGCCAACAGAUGAUAAAAAGGAUCAGCCUGAUGAUCAGGAUACUGACAAACCAGAGGAUGAGCCGGAAGAGAAGAAUGACGACAAAGAAAGUCCACAUAAACCAGAAAACUCUAAACCCAAGGAGAAGAAGCCUAAGCCUCAAAAACCAACAGAUGAUAAAAAAGAUCAGCCUGAUGAUGAAGAUACUGAGAAAGCGGAGGUUGAGCCGGAAGAGAUGAAUGACGACAAAGAGAGUCCACAGAAACCAGAAAACCCUAAGCCUAAAGAAAUGAAACCUAAACCUCAAAAACCAACAGAUGAUAAAAUGGAUCAGCCUGAUGAUGAAGAUACUGACAAACCGGAGGAUAAGCCGGAAAAGGAGAAUGAUGACAAAGAGAGUCCACAGAAACCAGAAAACUCUAAGCCCAAGGAGAAGAAGCCCAAACCUCAAAAGCCAACAGAUGAUAAAAAGGAUCAGCCUGAUGAUCAGGAUACUGACAAACCAGAGGAUGAGCCGGAAGAGAAGAAUGACGACAAAGAAAGUCCACAUAAACCAGAAAACUCUAAACCCAAGGAGAAGAAGCCUAAGCCUCAAAAACCAACAGAUGAUAAAAAAGAUCAGCCUGAUGAUGAAGAUACUGACAAAGCGGAGGAUGAGCCGGAAGAGAUGAAUGACGACAAAGAGAGUCCACAGAAACCAGAAAACCCUAAGCCUAAAGAAAUGAAACCUAAACCUCAAAAACCAACAGAUGAUAAAAAGGAUCAGCCUGAUGAUGAAGAUACUGACAAACCGGAGGAUAAGCCAGAAGAGAAGAAUAAUGACAAAGAGAGUCCACAGAAACCAGAAAACACUAAGCCUAAAGAAAUGAAACCGAAGCCUCAAAAACCAACAGAUGAUAAAAAGGAUCUGCCUGAUGAUGAAGAUACUGACAAACCGGAGGAUAAGCCGGAAGAGAAGCAUGAUGACAAAGAGACCAACAGAUGA